CACACCCCACUGCAGGCCCAGGGCCUCACCUAGGCCUCGCCCUCUGCAGGGAGGGAGGCCACUGAUCCGCCCAGUUUGGGGAGGGGCGGGCAGGGGCGCUGCCUGGCAGGGAGGGAGGUGCGUUCCAUGCCAGCCGGCGGGCAUGGGGAGUCCCGCAGGGCCCCAGCGCCUGCCCCGAGCCCCACGCCCCCUGCUCUCCCUUCUCUGCCCGCUCCUGCUGCUGCUCCAAGCAGCCCAGCCACACCCGGUGCCCAGGGACCAGCCCCUGUGGGCACUGCUGGAGCAACACUGCCGCACGGCCACAAGCCUCGCCAACCUCUCAGGUCUCUCCUACUGCAACGCGACCCUGGACCCGAUCGGGACGUGCUGGCCCCAGAGCCUGGCCGGGGACCUGGUGGACAGGCCGUGCCCCGAGUACUUCAACGGCGUCCAGUACAACACGACCGGAAGUGCCUACCGGGAGUGUCUGGAGAAUGGGACGUGGGCCUUGAGGAUCGACUACUCUCACUGUAAGCCGAUUUUCCAUGACAAGCAGAGGAGGUAUGAGCUGCACUACCGAGUCGCCCUCAUUGUCAACUACCUGGGCCACUGUGUCUCCAUGGCAGCCCUGGUGGCCGCCUUCCUGCUGUUCCUGACCCUGCGGAGCAUCCGCUGCCUGCGGAACGUGAUCCACUGGAACCUGGUGAGCACCUUCAUCCUGCGCAACGCAGUGUGGUUCCUGCUGCAGCUUGUCGACCACGAGGUGCACCAACGCAAUGAGGCCUGGUGCCGAGGCAUCACCACCGUCUUCAACUACUUCGUGGUCACCAACUUCUUCUGGAUGUUUGUGGAGGGCUGCUACCUGCACACAGCCGUUGUCAUGACUUACUCCACCGAGCGCCUGCGCACAUGGCCCUUCCUCUUCAUCGGCUGGUGCGUGCCCUGCCCCAUCGUCACCGCCUGGGCCGUGGGCAAAUUCUACUAUGAGAAUGAGCAGUGCUGGUUUGGCAAGGAGCCUGGCGACCUGGUGGACUACAUAUACCAAGGCCCCAUCAUCCUGGUACUCCUGAUCAAUUUUGUCUUUCUCUUCAACAUCGUCAGGAUCCUAAUGACAAAACUGCGAGCCUCCACCACGUCCGAGACCAUCCAGUACAGGAAGGCGGUGAAGGCCACCCUGGUUCUCCUGCCCCUCCUGGGCGUCACCUACAUGCUGUUCCUCGUCAACCCCGGGGAAGACGACCUGUCACAGAUCGUGUUCGUCUACUUCAACUCUUUGCUGCAGUCCUUCCAGGGCUUCUUCGUGUCUGUCUUCUACUGCUUCUUCAACGGAGAGGUGCGCUUGGCCCUGAGGAAGCGCUGGCACCGCUGGCAGGACCAUCACGCGCUGCGUGUGCCCGUGGCCCGGGCCAUGUCCAUCCCCACCUCGCCCACCCGGAUCAGCUUCCACAGCAUCAAGCAGACGGCCGCCGUGUGAGCCCCGGCAUCAGGAGAGCCAUCCUCCCCACCGCCACCUUUCGCCAUCUUGGGGGGACGGGGUCUCCAGGAAGCGGGACCACCCGGGCCCAGGGCUCAGCACAGGACGGAGCAGAGGAGUCUGGGGCGCCCCAGGGAGAGCCGGCCGGGUGCAGGGGCCCAGCGGUGGCUGACGGAGCUCACCCGGGACUCUGCUGUCUCACCAGAGACAGCGGGCGGCCAGGGGCCCUGCUCCCUGCCUUCUGCCUCCAUGCUUGGGGGCGCCCCUGCAGUCGGCCAGAGUGAGGACUGGCCAGAAAGCAUCCUGGGGCUCCCACACCUCACCCCACACCCUUGGCCAGAGCAGUCUCUCCACCCCUUCCCAGUCUCCUCCUGCCCGCGGCACCAUGAAGGGGGCGCCCUUCCCUUCCCACCGCGUCCACAGACUCAUGGCUGGGGGUGGCGAGCAGGGAGAAAGAGGCAAUCCGCCCCUGCAGCCAACAGCCUUCGGGACACAAGAUGAACAGUGAGAAUCGCAGGGGGAAGAAGGAAGGAUGGGGCGGGGAGGGGGAGUAGGGUCUGGAGUAGCGGGAAGCAGAGUGGGCCUGCGGUGACUGAACUAGCCCCUGCCCCUGCCCCUGCCCACCUGAGGCUGGGCUUCAGCCUCCCUGUGCUGUGUGAAAGAAACUGCAUCUGUGACAAGGUCCUGCUCUGGGGUCACGUCCACCAGGUAUCCCAAGGGGUGUAGGGCCAGGGGCCGCACAGCUGUUGGCACCCACGCUGGCCCUGGCCUGGGGCUGCCUCUCCCUCCGAGUGACAGACAGGAGGGUACAGCUUCCUUCCCUGCUUUCCUCUAGAGAGGGUGGGAGGAGGGCCGGGGAGACCACAGCAGGGUCCAGGGCAGCCAGCCAGCGCCGCGGUCAGCGUCUCCAUUCACACACAGGCACGCACCCCCCUCCUCUCUGUGCAAGAUGUCAUUUCUGGAGCUGGACAAACACAUUUUCAAAUAAAACGGCCACAACAGUUUAAAAUCCAUCGUGCAGAACCCAGACACAGCAGUGACUUAAAGCCACCGUCGUCACCUGUUGAAACACACACACGCUCACAACCUGCCGUCCUCAGCGGCUGGGACGGCACCUUGGGCCUCCUCCCUGGGGCUUGUCCCUUUGUCCUUCCCACAGAAUUCGAUGUGGACUCAGUGUCUUCGUGACUGAAUUUCCUGAGGCCAGAGAUUCUAAAGGUUCUACAAGAAAGGCUUCUGGUUAAGUUAUUGCAAGUAGUUUUAUGUAAAAUGUAAUAUACAAUGAAUUAAAGCAACAUAGAUAUGAAAAUAAUAAAACUCAGGGUGGGGGUAGAUAGCACAGUGGUUCUACAAAGAGCCUGAGGCUCCCGUGUCCAGGUUCAAUCCCACCGCACCACCAUCAGCCAGAGCUGAGCAGGACUCUGGUAAAAAAUAAACACCUAAAGCAUAAAAAGGUUUAAAAUAAA